UUAGUUCACACGGGUCAACAUUAUGAUAAAAACCUGAGUGAUACUUUUUUUGAAGAGUUGAAUAUUCCACAUCCAAAUGCUAACUUGGAAGUUAAAAGUGGUUCACAAGCAGAGCAAACUGGCGCAAUAAUGAUUGCUUUUGAAAAAGAAUUAACUCAAAAUCCUUGUGAUUUAGUUUUGGUUGUUGGCGAUGUAAAUUCGACUAUGGCUUGUGCUAUUGUAGCUAAGAAAAUGAACAUAAAAGUCGCUCAUGUUGAAGCCGGAAUUCGUUCUGGUGAUAUGACAAUGCCAGAAGAAAUUAAUCGAAUUGUAACCGAUAGUAUCACGGAUUAUUUCUUUACAACUUUUUGGGGUGAAUUCGGUUUAGAAUCUGGAAAUUAUAUCAUUUUAACCUUACAUCGUCCAUCAAAUGUUGAUGAAGAAAAAUCAUUAAUCAAUUUAUUGGAAGGAAUUGAUAAAAUGGUUGGAGAUAAAAAAAUAAUCUUUCCAAUUCAUCCGCGAACUAAAGCUAUUUUGGGUGAAACUAAUUUGAAUUUGAAAAACAUUUUAUUCGUAGAGCCUCAAGGCUAUUUGAAUUUUAUGUAUUUGAUAAAAAAUAGUUUUGCAGUGAUUACAGAUUCUGGUGGAAUUUCUGAGGAAACUACGGUUUUAGGAAUUCCAUGUUUUACUAUGCGAACCACAACCGAAAGACCAGAAACUAUUGAAAUUGGUACUAAUAAU